UUAAUAUUUGUAGUAUUAAUAUUCAGUAUGAUGAUGAUGAUGAUGAUGUAACUAGUUUUACAACACAGAUGCAAAUAUGAAACGUUUGAUGCCUAUGUGACACGCGUGAGACGAAGGAAGGGAGUUGUUAGAACAUUUCCACGUUCAAUGUACAACGGAAGACACUUCAUGCUAUAAUGAUUGAAAUGAGAAAAAUCCGGACAGACCUCUGCUCUGCAUGGCCCGUUCGAUUUCCCAAAAGCUAUUCUCAGCUGGUAGCUGAUUGGCCUCUGACGGUGCUUGCGGUUUGCACAGCGCUGAUUGCCGUCUGCGCCCUGCUGGCUUUCAUGCUUGCCAAACCUCCCGACUUCAGAGACUCGAGUAAAGGUUUUGAAACGAGAGGAACUGCCAUCAGCCAACGGUUGGUGGCGUUCAACAACCUGAUGAAGACAUUUUACAAACCUGACAACGAGCAGGCUGCAAGAUACCACGAGCUCAAGGAGCACAAAAACCAUCUUCACCGAAGAAAACGGGAUUCACAACCACUCAGUGAAGAAGGCUUAUGCACAAGACUGCCCAAGGUGUGGCAUUAUUUUUCACUGAAACUGGUGGUCUCGUCAGCUGAGGGGAAGAACCUGUGGAGCAUUCAGGCCAUCAAAUCCAUGUGCGACCUGGACAAGACCAGGGUGCGCUUUCACUGGGACUUCCAGAGUGACUGCUUGAGUUGGACACUGGGUAAUUACAUAGCUCUCCUACGAGAAAAGCCAUCCUGCGAGCUGAUCACCGAGGAGGACGUGGCACAAACGCUCACUAUCUUGCGUAGGUGUGCCCAUUACUACCUCAACGGCACACUGACAUGGGAAUGCGCCACCACCCCCGGCAAGUGUAGCAACGUGCCGGAGAUCUGUACCAAGUUCACAGCCGUCUAUGUAAUACUGCACUACCUGGUCGAUAAGGACUUCCUCAGCUCGGAGAGCCUGGGACGUCCUUCGCCUGUGCUCAAGUACAGUAUGCUCCACUUUUUCAUAUGGGAUGCCGAUAAAAAAAAGCAGAUUUAUUUGGACAAUUUGGAGAACUGGAACUCAGACGGCAUCAUCACAGUCAUCGGGAUCUCUUUCAGCGGCGCACAUGAACUCCUUGCCCACUACAUCCGUCAGGACAGCGUGUACUUCCUUGUGGCGAUUGUCAUGGUUCUGCUGGUCAUGGGUGUGUACAUGCGCUCCGCUCUCAUCACCCUAAUGACAAUGAUAGCCAUUGUUAGCGCCCUGGUUGUGUCCUUCUUCAUCUACCACAUGGUUUUCAAAUUGAAGUUCUUUCCCUUUUUGAAUCUCACGGCUUGCAUCUUCCUGGUGGGCAUCGGCGUCGACGACGCCUUUGUGCUUUGCGACGUGUGGAGCCACGCCAAAUCCGAUAGACCUCAUGCCGAGCUGGCGGAGAGGGUCAGCGUGACUUUGCAGCACGCCGCCCUCUCGAUGUUUGUCACCAGCUUCACCACCGCCGCCGCUUUCUACGCCAAUGAUGUCAGCAAUGUGGUCGCCAUACGCUGUUUGGGCAUCUACGCGGGAACGGCCAUCUUGGUCAACUACAUUCUCAUGGUGACGUGGCUCCUGGCCGCGGUGGUGCUCCAUGAGCGCUACAUCGUGGACGUGUGGCGCCGGCCCGAGCCCACGCGGCAGACGAGCGGUUACCGCAUCCAGAUGUUCGUGGCAGGUCUUUGCCAGCAGUUGAACAAAUUCCUAUUGAGUGUCUCCAAAGCCUCCAGAACCUUUUUUGAGAAAAUUCUCCCCUAUAUCGUCAUCAAGCUGCGCUACGUCUGGCUCAUCUGCUUCCUGGCUCUCACAGUGGGCGGGGCCUAUUUGGUGUCUGUCAACCCAAAGCUCAAGCUCCCGUCAACGGAUAUCAGGAAGUUGCAGUUGUUUCGCUCUUCAAACCCUUUUGAGCGCUACAAGGAGUACCAAGAUCUGUUCAAGUUCGAGGAGUUGGCACGUAUAGAUCAACUCCGGGUGACCAUCUUUAUUGUCUGGGGCACCAUGGCUGUGGACAACGGGGACCACCUGGAUCCCAAUGACUGGGGAACGCUGAUGUUUGACAGCAGCUUCAACAUUUCCAGCAAAGAGUCUCAGCAGUGGAGCCUGGAUUUUUGCGAGAGGAUUCAGAGAGAGAGUUCCAUUUUCAUUCAGCAAGAAAUGGUCUGCCUCUUUAUCUCUUUCAAGCAGUGGAUGAACACAGACUGCGUUGGGGGGUCCACCAGCGCCUGCUGCGGUCACAGCAGCUUCCCCUACAGGCCGGAGGUGUUUGAGCGCUGCAUCAAGGAGUACACCAGCACCGUCGUCAAGAAAGCCAGUGCCACUCUGGAAAGUGGGCCUCUGUUGGACACGUCUAACACCAUGAAGGCCUUUGUUUUGAAACAGAAGACCACCUUCGCCGACGAGGACUACGAGAAGUUGAGGCUCUUCUACGACAAGGUGGACACCUGGAUCAGCGGGGAGAUGCGUGGCGCUCCAAGAGGCCUCCGUCACGGCUGGUUUCACGGCGACAACUUGGCGCUCUUCGACGUGCAGAAGAGUCUGUCCAGUGGCACGCUGAUGUCCACGGCGCUCUCGGUGGCCGUGGCUUUCGGCGUCAUGGUGCUGACCACCUGGAACAUGGUCAUCAGCCUGUUCGCCAUCCUGUCCAUCACCGGCGCCAUCUACGUCACCAACGGCUUCCUGGUGCUCCUGGGCUGGAAGCUGGACAUCUUUGAGUCAAUCACCAUUUCUGUGGCAGUGGGGCUGUGCGUGGACUUCGCCGUGCAUUACGGCGUGGCCUACAGGCUCGCCCCGGCGCCGGAGCGUGAAGGAAAGGUGGUUUUCUCCCUGAGCCGGACAGGCUCUGCCAUCGCCAUGGCCGCCCUCACCACGUUCAUCGCCGGCGCUGCAAUGAUGCCCUCGACCGUGGUUGCCUUCGUCCGGCUGGGCACCUUCUUGAUGGUGAUCAUGUGCACCAGCUGGGCUUUCGCCACCUUCUUCUUCCAGGCCCUGUGCCACUGCCUGGGACCGCAGGGCAGCUGUGGACAGUUCCCGCUGCCCAAAAUGCUGCAGUGUCGGGCUUUUUGUGAGGGCACAAACUAGAGCUGCGCUACUAAUCCAUUUUGCAGUUUUUUGGGAAUCUUUCACAAUCCCUAUUAUUUGUUAUGCAUUGUAAUAUGCGCAAUGCCGCUAACUGGAGUCAUCUAUCGCUCCAAUGAGGCCCCAAAACUGCCAACAAUACUCCAUUUAACCAAGUAUUAUUACAAUUGUUAUUCUACAAACCUCGUUUCCAUAUGAGUUGGGAAAUUGUGUUAGAUGUAAAUAUAAACGGAAUACAAUGAUUUGCAACCCAUAUUCAGUUGUUAAUGCUAUAAAGACAACAUAAUUGAUGUUCAAACUGAUAAACAUUUUAAUGUGAAAUCUUACUUGUGAAAAGUAAUCCCCCGAUUCCUAUUUUCAACAGUCCGCUCAUUUGAGCAGGAAAACGCUGAACACCAUCUUUGUUUUCUACCUGUCAACUGUCAGUUUAGCAUCUUUGUUUUCUACCUGUUUACUGUCAGUUUAGCAUCUUUGUUUUCUACCUGUCAACUGCCAGUUUAGCAUCUUUGUUUUUUACCUGUCAACUGUCAGUUUAGCAUCUUUGUUUUGUACCUGUCAACUGUCAGUUUAGCAUCUUUGUUUUGUACCUGUCAACUGUCAGUUUAGCAUCUUUGUUUUGUACCUGUCAACUGUCAGUUUAGCAUCUUUGUUUUCUACUUGUCAACUGUCAGUUUAGCAUCUUUGUUUUGUACCUGUCAACUGUCAGUUUAGCAUCUUUGUUUUGUACCUGUCAACUGUCAGUUUAGCAUCUUUGUUUUCUACUUGUCAACUGUCAGUUUAGCAUCUUUGUUUUGUACCUGUCAACUGUCAGUUUAGCAUCUUUGUUUUGUACCUGUCAACUGUCAGUUUAGCAUCUUUGUUUUGUACCCGUCAACUGUCAGUUUAGCAUCUUUGUUUUCUACUUGUCAACUGUCAGUUUAGCAUCUUUGUUUUGUACCUGUCAACUGUCAGUUUAGCAUCUUUGUUUUCUACCUGUCAACUGUCAGUUUAGCAUCUUUGUUUUCUACCUGUCAACUGUCAGUUUAGCAUCUUUGUUUUGUACCUGUCAAAUGUCAGUUUAGCAUCUUUGUUUUCUACCUGUCAACUGUCAGUUUAGCAUCUUUGUUUUCUACCCGUCAACUGUCAGUUUAGCAUCUUUGUUUUCUACCCGUCAACUGUCAGUUUAGCAUCUUUGUUUUCUACCUGUCAACUGUCAGUUUUGCAUCUUUGUUUUGUACCUGUCAACUGUCAGUUUAGCAUCUUUGUUUUCUACCUGUCAACUGUCAGUUUAGGCUGCUCGCCGGCUCCUCAUCACCACUUCAAGAUGGCGGCCGAAUUUCUCGCGUCACAGCAGCCUGCGUCUACUUACAAGAUGUCUAUGGGCCAACCUCCCUUCCUACACGACCCUACUAUGCCCCCAUGUGGUGAAACAGGUGUAAUACAACUUAGCUAAAAACCCGGAUGUGCGUCAACAACUGUUAUAGUCACCUUUGAAUAAAAUACAGAAG